AUGGCCACUGAGCUCGCUGUCCACCGAAAGUCGACGAAAAAAGUCAUCCCCAUAGCCCAGAUCCACCGCCGUGCCCGUCUCUGGGGAGGUUGUGUCAUAACCGACAAAUGGUCAGCUCUCCGUUUUGGCCAAGUGCAGAGCAUCAACCUAGAAGACUGUGACUGUCCACUACCCUUCCAAUGGCCGGACCAUUAUCAUGAUGAGGCGCGUGCAGAGGGGCCGGCGUGUUUUGCGCCGUUGUAUCAUUUGACCAAGCUCAGUAUCAUCCUUGGGCAGGUCUUACGCAUAACGAGCAGCCCCCAAGAACUCGCUCGUACCACCGACUGCGCCAUCCUCCAAUCCCUAACAGAUCUCGACACCUGGUCCAAAGAUCUGCCCACCUCUUGGGCAGUUAGCGAGCGGACAAGAUUACCCCAAGCGGGCGACUUUUUCAACCUGAUGUACUGUGCGGUGGAAUUCACACUCCUCCGACCAUUCCUCUUCCCCACUCGUCCCAUCCCAGCUCAUAUAACCUACCGUCCCUCUUCAUUCCUUUUGCUAAACCUCAUAGACCGCUCAGAAAUGGCGCUGGACUGGCUUUCAACCGCAGAAGGAGAGCUAUACCUUGAUGUUUGGGGUAUCACUGUUUAUCCUCUUGUGACUUGCAUACUCAUGAACUUCUACGCCUACAACCAUCCCUCCCCAUCCCCCUCCCCCACCAUCUCCAACCCCCAAGCCCGUGCCCUGCACUACCUCAAAAAAGGCCACCACAUCGUCCAACUCUGGGUCCAAGCCCACGCCGAGGGAUGGCCCGAGGACCAGACGAGCUGGAGGACAAAAGUGGGAGAUAUGGUGGAGGUUGUCAUGAAUAGUGUUGGGGCGCAUGAAGCUGGUGGUGGACGUGAUCGGGGUGACAGGAGUGUGGAUGAGUUUUGGGAAGAAGUUUUCCAGGGAAGACUUUAG